AAGAGGCAAAACAAUCUUUUAUCCUCCUGACCGGGCGGCUUUUUGGGGCAGCGGCGGCGGCAGUGGUAGAAAACUUUACAUGUAGGCUAGGAUAUAAGUAAAGACACAGACAGUUCCCAUCAACUUGCGACAAUCCUAAUAAAUGUAUCUGACUCCAGCAAUUUGCACUAAAAUUUCUAGAAAGCUGGUUUUCUUUCUCCUGCUCGCCUUGUCUGAAUAUGGAGUCCAAAUAUAUUGUGGAGAAGUCGUCGGUUGGGACAGGAGCUGGCGGUGCGGACUUUAACUGUCGGACCGGCCGCUCGGUGCUCCGCGACACCCGGGUCCCUUCGGUGGAAAAAACCGGUUCCAUGUCGGCGUACACAAACGGGGCCGUGCCGUACAAAAACGUAAUGGACGGCGGCUUGGCGGCGGAGAUUAAAGGCGAGAGGACCCCUCUAAAAGGGAACGGGCUGUCUCUGGGUGGUCGGCUGUUGCACGACGUGGAAAAAAAUGGCCUGUUGGACCAAAAAGACACAGGUUCCACGGGGAUCCUGAAAAGGGCAAGCCCCACUCACUGCCUGGGUGUAAACGGGCAGUUGCCAGGUGGCUUUAUGCAUUUGGACAUCAGAAACCCUGGGAAGCAGCCAGACCCGACCAACAACUUCAGAGUAGCACAAGGGCAGAUCCUACCACAGACAGAGAGAUAUUCCCUCUCAUCAUCCCACAUCCCUGUCCCCAGAAACAGGAAGCCGUCAGGUCACGCUGAUAAGGAGGUGAUGGCUGCCACCGUCCUGACCUCACUGUCCACAUCACCUUUGGUGCAUUACCCUUCGUCUGCACCCACAGCCCCCGAGCCGGCCGGCAGAGCUUGGAAAGAGGUGCUGUCAGCUAGCUACAGCAGUUCGACCAGCGGCAACUGGAGCUGGGAUGCCAGUGACCAUUCAGUCCCCUCCACUCCGUCCCCACCACUUUUAAACGAUACAAACAAGAGCUUCCCGCUCUCGUCCCAGGGUGAUGAUGGCAGUGAGGAUGUCACAGAGAGCCCGCACUUCAUGUUUGAAGACCCCAUACCUCGGAAGCGAAAGAACUCAAUGAAGGUCAUGUUCAAGUGCUUGUGGAAGAACUGUGAAAAGGUCCUCAGCACCUCCUCAGGGAUCCAGCGACACAUCCGCACCAUCCACCUGGGGCGAAGCAGCGACUCUGACUACAGUGAUGGAGAAGAGGACUUCUACUACUCAGAGAUUGAGGUCAACAUGGACAGCCUCACGGAGGGCUUGUCCAACCUCACACCCACUUCCCCAACCACAGCCGGUCCGCCGCCCAUCUUCCCUCCACCGCUCACCGAUGUCCCUCACUCCAAGCACAUCAACAUGAAUGGUUCGCAGUGCCACGCCCCUUCACUGCUCAGUCAGUCAGCUCCCUCCACACUCUGCCACAUCCGCACUGACCAUGCCUACCAGGCCACCGCUCCAGUGAGUAUCCCAGUGGGUCCUGAGCUGGCUGGGAUAGGCAGUGGUAAUGGGAUCGGGCCUGGAACUGGGACUGGCAAUGGCAUCAGUGUGUCGUGGCAGUCCCCUCCUGUCAUUUUUAAAGGCAUCCCGGGGGCAACAACUCAUGUUCGUACAGUUAGCAUUGGAGAAAAGCGGCAGCCAGCACCUAGCUCACACGCCAUUGUUAACAAGAACCACCCACUGAUUAUGCCAUCACCUAAAUCAACACAAGGAGCCAGGAAACCCCGUGGGGAGGCGAAGAAGUGCCGAAAGGUGUACGGCAUGGAGAAGAGAGACAUGUGGUGCACAGCCUGUCGUUGGAAAAAGGCCUGUCAGAGAUUCACCGACUAAUAAAGUCCCCUUCCUCGGUCUGCGAUAUGAGCUCUUCCCCUCUAGGAGCGACAGCGAGGUGGACACUUCCACUGAGGAAAUAAGGGGAGUCUCUUCACAAUGGAGUUCUCAGCACUGCUUCCUCCAGCCCAGCAGUGGGUUUCGCCUUCACUCUUUUCCGUUUCCAAACACAAAGACAAAACAAAACUGAUGCUUCAAAACAAACAUUUUAAAAAAACUUCUCGAGAGAGAGAGAAAAAAAAUCUUUAUGCAGGUUUGGAUACUUUGUUCUAAGACUGAAACAUUUUCACUCUGUUGAGUUAAGGAAAAAAAAAAGAAACAUUUAAAUUCGAUUAUAAGCCUUUUGAUUUGAGUUUUUGUUUUCAAAUUGCUUCAACUCAAGGCAUUGUUUAAAGACUACAAAUAAGCUUUUGGGCAUGCUCUGUUGUUUAUCAGAAGAGCAUCAUGCAAGCUACUGUUUUUGAGUCGGAUCAUGGGUUAACACCUGAUGUGCUUUGUAAGACCUCUGUAGCAUAUCUGUUUCUCAGUGUCACUGUUUAAGGGACUCCAAACCUACCAGGUGCAAAAAGCCUGUUCACUUACAGCCAGCAGAUUUGGCGUAAGCUCUACCAUCUCUGUCUUCAGCAGUCUGGCUGACUGCAUGUCGAAAUGCGUUUUGUCCAGUAUCAAACAACUAGUUUGUUACACAGAUUCAGAGUAGCCAAACAGCUAUAUUUGUUUUGCAAAGCUGCACAAAAACCCUUCACACUAAGUGGUACAAAAAUAUUUCCUGUGAUGCACCAAAAUGUUUUCAAGAUAUGUAUUUCCCUCUGUUCUUCUCUCUACUUUUAGAAAUAUGCACCUUCUUUUAAAGUGUCACGGUAACAAAAAAAAGUGGACAUCUGUUUCUUAUACUGUGUAGUUUAUUUUCAGCAAUGAGUUGCUGAUGCAACAAGUAGAUUCACUGUGCAAUUGGCAGAGUUGCAGGAUUGAUUAUCAUCUGUCUUGCUUUGUGGUUGAGUUGAGGCUGAAAGGCUGAUAGUUUUUUCUUCUAACAGCUGAUGCUCUUAAAGAGAUUGUUUACCACGACGAUACGUGAAUGAGAACUGCCCUUUGAAACUUUAACUUACAGUCUGACUUAUUAUCUGACUUGAUUGCCACCUGAUGAUGACAAUCAGGCGCUCUAAUUCAUAUUCUUACAGUUUUAAGAGGACAGGUUACUCACUCUGCCAUAUUUGGAAUAGUUAGCAUUAACCAGCAUUGCACACCACAGUUAAUUUCAUAGGUCUGAAAUUAUCUUUUGCUCUGGUGUAACAUUUGGAAAUAAAUAAGCAGGAUUAAGUCAAGUCAGUGCGGGGCAGGGUUUUUGUAGAUUGACUGAUUUAUGUAAACAAUUAAUGUAGCAAUAUUUUACCAAAAUGAAGUCUUACUUUUCAGAUUAGGCCUAUAAGAGUAAAGGAGAGGCCAAGGUUUCCAUGCUUUAGAUAAAAUAUAAGUGGGAGAUUUUUAGAAGGUUAAAUUCUUUAUUGUUCUUUUUUCCCGCUCAACAUAGCCCCUUUAAGGACAUUUUACAUCACUACUGGAAAUUUAAAGUAAAUGGUUACGUCUUAAAAUCCCAUUUAUCUGAAAUAAGCAACAGAGAGCAAAAUAAAAACAAGAUAUUUUUUAGGUUGUCCCUGUUUAAAGGUUAACUAGCUUUAAAUUGUGAGCUUCAAUGGCAAAAAGCACUUAUAAUUGACAAAUAAAUGACAUGAGUAAUCUAUGUAGUGAUCUGUUUUUGAUAUUAAUAAAAAAAAAAAAAUCAGGAACAAUUGUUAAGAGUGCAUUAUUAUUUAUGCAUAUUCCCCUUCCCCGUUCAUAGUGUACAUCUCUCAUCAGGUUUCUCAGAGCUGGCUGAGGUAUUUUUUUUAGAUUUAGAUGACUGAGAUGAAAGAUAAUCUUCUAAAGAUACUUCCCAUUAACCAUUGAGCCAAAUAAAAGUGCCGACAUUCUUAGUGACAAAAUAAAGGUUUCUGGCAAAACUUCACCUACUUUCACAGAAAAGAAGGUGAAGUCUGAAAGUGAGUAAGGCGUCAUGAGCUCUUGUAGUUGACCCAUGUGUCAGGAUGUGACUGUUGAAAGUGUUGCUGGAUCUUCUGUGUAGUUUGUAAUAUCUCCUGUUCUUUGGACUGCUAAUUCUGAUACAACCCAACUCCAUUAGAAAGAAAAAACUUUUAACUGGUAACUUUUUUUUCUCUCAGAGACAUAAAACAGAUAUAUAUUUUUCCUUUUCUCUUUUUUUUUUUUUGAGAUUCAACUCUGUGUUUAUUGUUAGCAGAUUUUAUAUGCAGCUCGGCAGCAUGCCCUCGACUCUCUAAGCGACACUGCCUUUACCUGAUCUCAGUAGAAAUGUAUGACAAACAGAGUGCCUGUCCUCCGUAUGAGAAUGCAAUCUUUGAACUGUCUCCUUGACUGAGGUACAGGAUGACUUCAGACAUUUGUCGCCAUAGAAACACCUGUGCUGUCCUUUGUCAUCGCAGAGUCGUUGUUGGUUGAUGCCACAUUAGAGUGAGAGAAACAAUUACUUUAUCUCCUGAGUUCACUCACUUACAAAGAAAUGAACAGAUUUUUAUGGUAGUUACAUUUUAAUGGAGACAGACAGAAUAUCAACCAAAAAAUCCCAACAAAAAACCCACAUUACAUAAAAGUUUGCAUGUAAAACAUGACUUAGUACUCGAUGGACAAACCCUUGCUGACAAGCACAGCGGUAAGACGUUACUUGUAAUUGGUCACCAGGUUUGCACACAUCUCAGGAGAGAUUUUGGCUCACUCCUCUUUACAGAAACUCUAAAUCCACUCAGUUUUCUUGGCCUCUGUUUGGCACUUUAAAGCUCAAUUUCAGCUUCAGUUCCCUCCACAGAUUUUCUCUAGGACUGAGGUCUGGAGACUAGCUAGGCCACUCCAUUCAUUUGUUGCCUUGCCGGUAUAUUUUGGGUCAUUGUCAUGCUGCAAGACUCAUCCACGAGCCAUCUUCAGUGUUCUGGCUGACUGAUGGAGGCUCUCUUCCAAGAUUUUACAGUACACAUCCUUGUCCAUUGGCCCCUUUAAUGCGGUGAAGUUGCCCUGUGCUCUUAGCAGAAAGACAGCACCAAAGCAUAAUGUUUCCACCUCUGACUGUAGGGAUGGUUUUCUUUGAGUGAUACUCAGCAUUUCUGUUCCUCCAAACAUGACAGGUUGCGUUGAUGCCUCACUGCAGCACUUUCUCCAAAGCCUGCUGUGAAUCACUUAGAUGUUCACUGGCAAACUUAAGAUGGGUCUACGUGAGCAGGGGGACCUUGUAGGUGCUGCAACAUUUCAGUCUAUUACAGCGUACUAGUGUGUUACCAAUGGUAUUUUUGGUGACUGUGAUCCCAACUGUCUUCAGAUCAUUAACAAACUCUUCACGUGUAGUUUUGGGCUAAUCCACCACCUUUUUCAUGAUCAUCCUCACACUGUGAGGCAGGAUCCUGCAAGGAGCUCCAGACUGAGGGCGAUUGAGUCAUUUUAUAUUUCUUCCAUUUCCCAAAAAUCACACCAGCAGUUGUCACUUUCUCACCAACCUUCCUACUGAUGGUCUUGUAGCUCAUUCCAGCCUAGUGCAGGUCUAGUGCAGCCAAUCAGUGGAGAUAAAGGACUAUCUCUAACUGAUUGGCUGUAAUCUGUAUGCCACAUGGGCACAUAGCCAAUCUGUUGGAGCCUGAACUCUGGCUGGGUUGUAGUAGAUGCUUAUUUCACUCACUGAUUGCAAAUAAAUUUAUGAUGUUUAUGUAAUGUUGGUGUUUUUGGGGGGGGGGGGAUUUUUGUUUUGGUUUUUUUUUUUUUUUUGGUUGGUUGGUAUUCUCCCUUAAAAAUUAGCCACUGUUUAUUUCUUUGUAAGUGAGCAAACUUGUAAAUACAGCAAGGGAUGAAAUAAUAAUUUCCCCCACUGUGUAUGGUAGCACUUCCCCCUUCUAGCAUUAAACACACACGAGCACUUAUUGUUGUUAUUGAACAUUAAUUUCCCCACCUUUUAAAAGAAAAGCAUUAUUCCAGUGGCAUCUCACAUAAGCUAGGUCAGCAGGCCUCUAACGUCAGAAAAUUAACCAUUUCACCAAGUGCCAAUGAAGAGAACACAAAAAGGAAAAGAUAUACUGAACUAAUCAAGUUGCACUAGGUUGCACUGUGCAAAGACGCGUUUUUAUAACUGAAAAUUUUAUAUACGAAACUUUUUAAGUGAAAGGGGUAUUUUGUUUUGGGCGGGGUCGUGGGUGGGAGGCGUAUCGUCACUGCCUGAUGGAAUAAAUGGGGUGUCAGGGGCAGGGGUCGCGAACCUCUGCGGUUCCCCAUUAUUAGCACGUGAUCCUGAGAGUCAGUGUCUUGCACUCUGUGUCAGAGUUGUUGUACUAAACACGGCAGUGCUGCCAGCUUUAGGAGCGUGGUACUGGAAGUACAGUGAGGUACUCGGUAGUCACUUUGCCUUUCCUUGGAAGAGUGCCAAGGGAUGAACGCAGCACCAGCCUUGUCUCAGUGAUGGGAAAACACCAGUUUUAGCCAGUAGCUACACAUUAUCAGCUUGAUAACAAAUGCUUUACAGUGUUUUAUUGCCUGGAGUUUCUUUUCACAGUACAAUUUUUAUCCACAAAGCUCAGCCUUGUGCUUCCUUUACUUAAAAACAAGUUCCUGCUUCUUUACAUUUUGCUGAAAAAAGUAACAUGUACAUAUGUUAUUAGUGCUGGAUACCACUUUUUUAUUUUGUAUCCUUCGCUGAGCUUUGGGUUAGUGUCAAAUGCACCCCAUUUUAGCUCUUUCUCUCUCUCUCUCUCUCUCUCUCCUCCCCAUCCGCAGUGCAAGCACUUUCAGAUUCCACCAACGGCGGUUACAGGCCAGCGCUUUAGCUGGCAGAGAAUGGGACUUUUAGCACCUGUUAAGCUAGUAUGACCCUCUGCCUGCCACAGAGGCAGGUUUUUUGUUUUUUCUUAAGUUGCACUAAACUGGCGUGUGAGGGUAAGUCCCUAGACUUGUUUUAUUAGGAGUUUUGUUCUUUGGGUGAAUCUUGGGUAAAAACAUGGGAACAAAAUUGCUCUUGUGUUAGACAAGAGAACAUUUGUGGUGACAAGAUCAGCUAUUACCCCUUUUCAGCUACAUAAUGAGAGAUGGAGAUAGAAGUUGACUGUUUGUGGGUGUGCACAUUAGCAGUAGAUGGAAAGCAGUGACGAUAUAGAUGGUUUUGUGCAUUUUCAGGGCUUUUUUGUACAUAUGCAACAUAAAGAGAACCAUGAGGUUGUUGUGGGGUUUUUUUCAUAUAUCGCUUUUCUUUUGUUUGUUGUAACUGUCAUAUGAAAAGGAAUUUUUUUUUUACAGUACCGAAUGUUUUUCUUUCAUUUUUAAAGUUGUUUGAGAAGUUAUAGUGAACAGAUUCAAUGUAUAUUGUAGCUUAGAGGCAAAGGGGAGAAAAACAAAACAUGUUGAAUGUAAAACCUAUAAAAAAAAAAAAAGUAUAAAGUCUUUUUUUUGUUUUGUUCUUGUUGUUGUAAUAGUUGCUGGCUAGUUGGUAUUGGCCUGUAGUGAACCUUUAACAUGUCCUGAUUUUUGGUAUCCAAAUCUUUAACACCCACAGACAGCUGUUGCCGCAGUGCUAAAUCAUAUAAAAUGGCACGACCUUGCAGUAUUGCUUUACUAUCCUACUUUGUGCAAUGAAACGCUUUACAAUGGAACAAGAACUAACUUGCUUUUUGGUGACGUUCACACUGUUGCUGUUCUUUUACCCUGGCAUUUUUUUUUGUUUUUCUGUGUGGUUAUCAUUGUCAGAGGUGUUGUUUGUGGAUUUGAUGUUAAGUUUUUUGUUAGGCAGGAUAACCUUCAUCAUGGGGCACCAUGGAAAUUUUUGAUCCUGCCUUGCACAUUCCAAUAGAUGGCAUGCUUUUAGUGUCUUCCAACUUCUCACAUAAAAACAAACAAAAAACAAAAAAACAUAUCCUUUCCACUUCCUUUUUACUACAGCGAUUUUCCCGAUCACCUUUUCCACUUCCUGUUCUUGUCCUGUCCAGCUUUAUUGUGGUCACACCCAAGCCUUUACCCAGUAUAUUAAGCUAAACUAAACCCUUGAAAUGUGCAUCAGAAAGCCUUUGUUUUGCUGUUGUUUUGUUCUUUUUUUGUUUUUUUCAAUUACGUCAAAAUUGAUGUGGUGCUUUUGUGAAUGUCGUCUGUAAACCAGCAGCAGCAAAGCCAAUAGAUCUCCUUCCAAAUCAAAUGUAAUGCAUUGCAAUGGCAGCUCUACACAGUUCUCUGCUUCUUCUACUACUUUGCUGUGUUGUUUGUCUGGGAGUUUACUCCGUCUGUCACUUCUCUCAUCCGAUGACCUAUUUUUUCCCCGUACCAUCUCGUGUUUUUACUGAGCCUUACGCUGGCUGGCAUAAAAACCAACCUUGGCUUUUUAUUUCUCGAUUGAUUGAUUGAUUGUCUGGUUGAGUUUGAGGUUAUUUUGCAUGUCUAGUAUCGCUCAUUUCCCCCCCUUUUUUUCUUUUUCGUUAGGAGAUACAACACUGAAGGGUUUUAUGUGUUAGAUUUCCCCUCCAAGUAUCCAAUAACCCAAGGCUGAUGUAGUCUGUUUUUCACCAGAUGUAAAAAUGCUCAUUACAACCCAUAACACACACAAACACACAGUGCUAAGAGCAUUUUGUGGGAAACUUGACGUCAGUCUUGGGUCUUCACUGGAGGGCAAGAUUUCUCCUGUGUGUGGGCUUGGCCUCUGGUCCUCAUCAGCAGUCCCACGCACAUGGAGGAAGCACUUUCUGAGGAGUGGUGCACUCAAGGAGUAUUUGUGUGAAUGUCAAGCUCAUGACGAGAGCUUGGAAAGAUGGAUGAAACAUGUAUGAUGUCGAUAAUGUGAUCUCUGUGAUGUAAUGUGACAGAAAGGAAAAUAAAACCUAAAUGGAA